CCUGUUAGUUCACAUUUCAAAUAGAGCUUGUAUUUAGUCCUCACCCUGACAGCAGCUCUCUGGAGAGCCAGGGACAAGACACUUCACUGAGAACCUGACCAGCAACUUGGUGAGAAGAACCAGCCAGAAUGGAAACCAGACCUCCAAAGAGCCCAGGCAAACAAUUUACAUUUGAUUAUGAAAAUGAAGUCUAUAAACAAGAUUACUUCAUUAAGUCGCCACCUCCUCAGCUUUUCUUCUCCACAGCCUUCUGGAAAAAGCGGCUUUUUAUUCUGUCAAAGAGUGGGGGAAAGGGCCUUAGUCUUUCCUAUUACAAAGACCAUCAACAUCGAGGCUCCAUCAAAAUUGAUGGAAGUGCCAGUGUAGAAGUUGGUAUAAAUAGCCAGGAAAAGAUGCAAUCUGUGCAGAAGAUGUUUAAAUGCCACUGGGAUGAGGUGAUGUCCAUCAGAACCACCAGCAGGGAUUAUUUCCUCAUUGGACAUGACAGGGAGAAGAUUAAAGACUGGGUCUCCUUUAUGUCACCGUUCUGCCAGGGAAUAAAAGGAACUCACCAGAAUACAGAGCAGGAGAAGCCCUCACUGGGUGACAAAAGGCCCACUUCAGACCCCAGUCCUCUCUUUGGCCUCUCCAACCCAUCGGAGGUUAUCUGCUCUGCCUCACCAAGGACCAGUCUUCCAGACAUGUAUUUAAUAGAACAAAGGUCUCCAGACUUCAGGCAAACUCCCCCUCUACAUGAAUUCUUAUCUGAACCUAUUCAAGAUGCAGAAAAAGAGAGCUAUUAUCUCACUCCUCGAAGCAUCCUUUCAGAGUUGGAGAAUAUUGCUGAUUCUAGUAAUUCUGGUGAAUCCAUUGAAUCCAAUAGUCCAGACCGGGUCUUCAAGAGAGUUGAGAGCCAUUACAUGUCAAUGAGAUCCUACCUUUUCAAAGAAAUGCCCUCUACAACUUCUGAUUGCCAAGAGGAAUCCCAGACUCCUCCAGAGACCCAAGAUGGGGGGCUUCACCUGCAAGAAGGCGGCACAGGAAGUGAUCCAUGUCUUUCACCUGCCAAUGCAGAAACAGAGACCACAGAUGAUAAGGGAUCAGCCUCUCUAACUGUUGUGAAAUUGUCUAUAUUACUCAACAACAUCCCUGACAAGAGCCGAGUAGAGAUGCUGAACCUGUUCCUGUCUCCUCCCGAUGCCCUGAAUUAUCUUGCUUUCACCGAAGCCGCAGGGAGGAUAUGUGUGGCUCAGUGGGACGGUCCCCCACGCCUAGGGUGCUUAUUCCACCACGGAGAUCAUGUCCUGGCUGUGAAUGACCUGAAGCCCCAAAGCCUGGAGGAGGUGUCCUUGUUUCUCACCCGAUGCAUCCAGAAGGAGAAAGUAAAACUCUCCAUUGGCCGGAUCCCAAAUUCAGAGAAGUUUCAUGCUGUAUCCUGCACAUGCCCCUUAAAAUACAAGGAGGUUGAGCCUGUCCAACAGGAUAUGCCAGAACUGGAGAGGACACUAAAGAGGAGUCCAGCCAUCAAAAUGAACCAGAAGAAAGCAUCCGGAGAGUAGCCUGCUGUGGGCCCAUCACAGAGUGGGAGGAUGGAGUCUUGGACCAUGCAGGGCCCCAAGCCAGCAUGCUGAAACACUGUACCUGUGUCUUAACAAUGAGGGUUACUGUCCCCUCUUUAGCUGUUGCACUGAAAGGGUCACAUGGGAUAAUGACUAAGGAAUACAAUGAAAACGGAAGGCCUUAUUAUCUGAGACUUUGUCCCAAACACGGCAGACAUCAAUUGGGUAAGUCCCUGGUCUAAUUAAUAGCACUGUGUGCUCCAUGGUCCACACAAUCACCCCUUUGUUAGGGAAGGUCCAGUUCGAACUACUCAUUCUGGGAAGGCAAGAGAGAUGAAAGCCCCCACAGCAUCCCUCCCAAAUACCAAAUACCUCCUGUGACUCAGCAACCUAGGAGCCAGCAGACUGGGCAGAGCCGCCUCUCAGUCUCAGUGCAUCUGCUUUCUGAAAGACACAGUAACUAUUUCAGAACCUCAAGCAGUUGUGAGGUAUAUCCAGCCAAGAUCUGCUUGCUCCACAAGUAAUUAGGAAACUGUUUGGAUGUUCUUAAUUGAUUGGCUUAUUAACGAAUCGAUCCUAUGAAGCCAAAAGAGCCGAAUGCUUUUUCAUAACCAGGAAA